AUUUUACCUGAUAAACUUUAAAUAUUUAAUAAUAUAAAUUUCAUUUUCCCAAUUUUUAAUAUAUUCCCGAUAAUGUGUAGUAAAAUUUUCAUACACAACUGUGGUUAUAUUAUUGAGUGGUAAUGUAGUAUGAGAGUGUAAAGUAGAAAAUGCUUAAAAAACUAAAAGAGAUAAAAAAUGGUAAAAUAAAACCAAAUCGGAUAUUAAUUGUGGGCACUAAUCCUUUAAUGUGUAGUAAUCUCCUGGAACAAUUAAUUAAUGUUUAUGAUUUCAAAUUUCUCGUUAUCCCCGUAAACUCCAAUUCCGCUAAUACUCCUAAGGAAUCUCCUAAUAAAGAGGAAGAAAUUCUGUAUGUAAAUCUUCCUAUAGAAUGUGUAGUGGCAGAGAGCCGUUGUAGAAAUGCUUACAAGGGUCAAUUAUUCGAUUAUUUCACUAAUCUUAACAACAUUGAUGAGGUGGUAGAGGAUAAAUGUGUAAUAAAAGGCGUUGAUUUUGUAAUUUACGUGUUUGGUUUAUGUGAUGAUCUGGAAAUUUUGAGUAAAUUUUUCAAAAUUAACAGGCAAUUUGGAUCACUUAAGAUUUUAGUAGUGGUAGGCCAGAAUGAGGAGUUUUACACAUUGAUUCAGGAAUCUAAAAUUGAAUUGUGUGACCUUCAAAUCAGUUGCGUUUUAUUCAGCCAAACAUCAAAUUUCAGUCAAAACUUAACAAGACAAAUUUUUCACUUAAUUUUUAGAAAUUUGAUUUAACUUUUUUUCCUAGCA